CUCUUAGCACAGGAGAGACGCACUUUUUUGUAUUAUUAUGGCUUCAUGCUCUUCUGUCCUGACCUCUCUGGCCCUCAUUAUGCCAAUUAUUAAGUAUCCUUUUUUGAUUGAAUGUGUCUAACCCUUUUAAACAAUUGAUUUUUUAAAUUAUUGUAGACCAUCGAUUGAAUUGUUCUACUUUGUAAUAGGUUCUAACUAUUGCUAAAUCUGAAUCCAGUAUAUGUACCGCGGUUAAGACCAAAAAAAUCAAACCUCUGUUCAAUUUUUUGAACAAUAAUAACUCAAAAUAUUCGACUUGCGUUAUUCGACUUUGUGUGUUUUUUAUAAUGUGUUUAUGAUAUUUGACAUUGGUGAGGAAGCGAUAUCUGUAUAGCCUGCUCUCAACGCGAAAGCCCAUCAACAUCCUGGGUUCCCCUGUCAUCGAUCCCAUGAUGCAUUGCUGCUGAACAGACUAAAGUUUCCAGUUAAAAUCGAGUUGAAAAAGAUACUGGCAUAUUCCUGGUGAACUGUGAACAGAAUACUCAUAGGGAUGUCUCCACGAAUGGAAGACGUCAUGCGCCUCUGCUGCGAUGUCUCGGCUCAGCAGAACAUUAAUAUUACAUUUCGGCAGUCUACCAAAGGAGCUAUGAUGGCUGGAGGGUGUGCCUUAAUAGGAGGGCUGCUUGGCGGGCCACCGGGAAUAGCCGUCGGCGGUGCUGUGGGGGGCCUGAUGGGCUGCUGGGCGACGGCAGGGGAGUUCCGGCCCCUGCCCCAGGUCCUGAUGGAGCUGCCUCCCAGCCAGCAGAAGAAGCUCACCGCCUCCGUCAUGGCCAUCCUGAGCAGCCUGGACUGGACGGAUGUGGCGCAGGUCGUCGCUUUGGUGAUGGGCAACGCCACGCUCCAGCAGCAGGUGACCGCGGCGCUGCUCAACUACGUCACCAAGGAGCUGAGGGGGGAGGUCCGUUACGGAACUUGAGCGAGGAGAGAUGGCCCCCAACCACGGCUUGGUCCUCCGGCCUACAUCCAGGAUGGACAGAUGUCUUCAGCAAGACUGUGCUAUGCCGCUAUAUUUACAUUAUAUAGCUGUUUAUAGCCGUUUGUUGAAUGUGCCUAGAACGGGUUAACUGGAAUUUAGAAGUACCCCUGUUUUACCACCAAGGGAUGAUGAUGUUGAUGACCCUAUGGUGACAUCACCAUAGUGUUUAAAUGUGGGCGAUAGGGUUUAAAUGUGGUCGAUAGUGUUUAAAUGUGGGCGAUAGGGUUUAAAUGUGGGCGAUAGGGUUUAAAUGUGGGCGAUAGGGUUUAAAUAUGGUCGUUAGUGUUUAAAUGUGGUCGAUAGUGUUUAAAUGUGGUCGAUAGUGUUUGAAUAUGGUCGAUAGGGUUUAAAUGUGGUCGAGAGGGGUUUACAUGUUUAAAUGUGGUCGAUAGUGUUUAAAUAUGGUCGCUAGUGUUUACUUGUGGUCGAUAGUGUUAAAAUGUGGUCGAUAGGGUUUACAUGUUUAAAUGUGGUCGAUAGUGUUUAUAUAUGGUCGAUAGGGUUUACAUGUGGUCGAUAGGGUUUACAUGUGGUCCAUAGUGUUUAAAUGUGGUCCAUAGUGUUUAAAUGUGGGCGAUAGUGUUUAAAUGUGGGCGUUAGUGUUUACAUGUGGUCGAUAGGGUUUACAUGUGGUCCAUAGUGUUUAAAUAUGGUCGAUAGUGUUUAAAUGUGGUCGAUAGUGUUUACAUGUGGUCGAUAUUGUUUAAAUGUGAUCGAUAGUGUUUAAAUAUGGUCAAUAGUGUUUAAAUGUUCUAUUCCCUCACUCUCCACCUCAUCCCUAACUCUCCACCUCAAGCUGGUGUGUAGUGAGCGUUCUGGCACCGAUUGGCUGCCGUGCAUCACCCAAGUGGGUGCUACAUAUUGGUGGUGGUUAGUGAGGUCCCCCCUUCACUUUAGGCGUCUUUGAGUGUUAUUAAUUAUUAUUCUUCUUCAUGUUUAACCUCUGUUUUCCUUUUAUUCCUAGUCUGUUUUACAUAGUUUUGAAUGAUGACUAUAUGCUCUGUAAGGUGACCUUGGGUGUCUUGAAAGGCGCCUCUAAAUUAAAUGUAUUAUUAUUAUUAUUAUUAUCACUCAUGGGAGUUUCCACCCAGAUGUAUGUCAUCCUACCAGCCUAGCUGACUGGAUCACCUGGUAGGCUGGUAGGCUACAUCCAUCAGGAUGUGACCUCCCAGGUGUGAUGAUCCUGAGGGUUGGUCAACUCAAGUCUUGGGCAUAUCUCCAAAAACAACACAGGUAGCUGGCACAAGCCAGGUAUCCGAGUGCUGCAUAAAAAAGUGAAUUAGUUGCAAUUAAAUAAUCCACAGACUACUAUUGUGGCUUGGCUGAGGCUAUAUCUGCUUCAGUGGUUGUUAUUGUGUUUAGUUUGUAUCAGACUGAUGAAGCACUUUAAAUGAUACUUGUGGUACCAUAGUUUAAGGCUUCACCUGGAUGAGUUUAUAUAUGACCAUAUGUUAUUCUAUAUGGUUCAUAAUGUAGCAAGUAUUAUACAUUUAAUACCAUUUGAUCAUAUAUAUACUUCAGUACAAUUCUCCUUGACCAUUUAGUUUUAAAGAUACAUUUAGUCUUACAUUGGUUUUGUUGAUCUAGUUGAGUUAUGAGAACAGGCACCACCUCCACAGGGUUAUGGUUUUCAGUAAAGGAGAAGUCUGGCAUGUAAAAUAGUCUAGAAGGCAUCUUGACCUCAAUGAUAACAUCUACAUCACAGCACAUUACUUUGAACAGUGGCGCAACAGAUUUUGCGAUGGAGUUUUCUGAUUGCUUUUAAUUUCCUUCCCUUUUAUUUGAAGACGAUCAUGUUUUAAUAAAUACUUAGUGAAACACUU